CGCAACCCCGAUAUCAAAACCGCCAUGGCUGCACCUCGAAUACCACGUGAAAUAAUAGAACCCGUCAGACUCGCUGAAUCUCUUCCUGGAGUCCUCCUCAGAUUCUUCGCAAAAUAUCCUCCGCCAGCGCUUAUACGACCUGUCCAGUCCACCACCGUUGCAUCCACAGCCUCCUCCGCCGGUCCCAAUGCUCCGGCAACAGAAACUCCGACCGAGAAUGAAUUACCAUACCACAAUCCAUUCCAACCGCGCAAGAACUUCGAAACCGGGACAUGGUAUGGGCCCCGCUACGGAUUGCGAAAGCAAGCCAAUUUGGUGAAGGUCGCGCAGAAAUAUGGCGUGGUGGACUUGCUGCCGUACACAAUCAAGAAACCCGGGGAGAAGGAGAGGAGGAGGAUUGAGCGAGGAUUGAGGGUUAAGGGUACGGGAGUCGGUGAGAAGGUCAAGGGAAAGUUAUGGGAGAGAACGUUGAAGGGACGGUUAGAGCAGAGGAAGCAGGCUAUGCUGGAUAUGCCGCGGUUGAUCCAGGAAUGGAAACAGAAAGGACAUGGUCGUGGAUGGAAGAAGUGGCCAAAAUGAAGAACGACAUGGCUUCUACAGUUUUUAUGGCUCAGAUUUGUGGGGGAUCUACUCUUGCUAAAAUGCGAGCUUGUCAGAAUGCCCUUCUGUCCAUCAAGAGGAAGGCAAUGUAAAUUAUAUGUACAAAGAGACGGCGGGCAAGCACCAGGGCCAAAAGAUAAGUGCUGAGUGGGAGCUUGUACUGCUCAAAAAUAC